UACAUGUCGUUGGAUGGCAGUCAAAAAUAAGCGAGUUACUGAAACGUACCCUAACUUUGAACGUUAUUAACUGAAGUACAGACUUGUCGGAGAACUAAAUUCUGGUAAUAAAAUAGCGUUCUAAUACAGUAGGUUCGAACAAAUGAGCAAUUUUACCUAUUUUAUUAAUGUGACACUGAUUUUUACUCCUUUUUGUGAAGUAUAUCUUUUUUCACAAUCCAGCCGCGUAUUCGUGUCUAACGACAAUCCCAAAGUAAAAAAGGAGUAAAUUAAGUCGCGUUCUAAAUUUAAAACUAAUUAUAUUACGUUUUGAUCGGUAUAAAAUAAGCUUUUAAUCAAGGCUCACUUUUUUAUUAAAAGCUUUGUAAUACAUUACAUCAGUCAAAACCUUUGUGACAGAACUUAUGACCUGACUAAAUAUAAUAAGUAAAUAUGUAUAUACUUAUGAGUGGCUCGACCAUGAAAAUCUGAUUUACCGAAUAACUAGCCAAUAGUUGUAAAUGACACCGAUGCUACCAUAAUUACAAAAAAACGCAGUUUUGUAUCGAUAUAUACUAUAUAUCGAUAUCGAUACAGAACUGAAGCUAUGUAUACUUACCGCUAUAUCACAAAUGGGAGCAUUGAACGGCAAAAAGAUUCGCGUCGCGGAACCAACAGGUUUCUGAACCCCUUCAUCAAUAAGAGUGGAUUUAUAAAACAAGUUUUCAAACGAUGGAUUCCAAAAGAGUGUAAGAAAAAUCUUUUGAAAAGACAUUAAACUCAUUCAAUUUUACAGCUACUAUCACUUUGUAGGUACAUAGUUUAAUAGCAACAAUAUAACUACAGAUUUGAUUAAUGUCUUUCCAAUAGUUUAGACUUUUAGAGGUACAUAUCAAUUAAGAUAUCUCUAGAUGAUACUAUUUACGCAUCAAAACAAUAAUCCGGUAAUCGUAGUAACAAAAAACUACAUGCACGUCACAGGUGGAUGGAUUGUGUGGCUUAAAAUAACAAUAUGAGUAUAGGGAAGUAACUGCUGAGAUGACAAGCGACUAAAUCGAAACUAAUUUUUCCACCCACUUAUUUUAUUAUAGGUAGUAACAAUAACGUGUAUAAAUAAUGAUGGCUGCGUAAUUAAUUUGAGACAGUGUACUUAUUAAGACAAUGUACUUUCAUUCAUACAGUUGCUGUAACAUUGCUGUUGCUACUAAACGUGAUAAAUAUGUGUAAAAAUCUAUUGCUUCUUAUAAAGAGUAAUAAAAGAAUAUGCAAAAAGUAGCAAAUCGAACACGCUGAAGCUUAACCAGAUCCCUCGGAUAACGGCAUCCCGCAACCGUACAUCUAAUCAAAAAAACAGUCGCAGCUUAGAACCCACGGCAGAAGCAUGGCUGCCUUGAAACAUAUCAUUUUAUUAUACGCACUUAUUAUUACGAUUAGCAGUGAUGAUAUUGAAGAUACUUUAUUUAAUGAAGAUUACGCAGUUCCAAAACCUUGUGAUGAACCGUAUUGUUAUACGAGGGAAAAGAGGGUGGCAGAUUAUCCUGAACGGAUCAGGAGUAGGGUGGUGGAAGCGAUGCUGAAUACCAGUAUGUUUCCCCUAAAUCCAGCAGAACCAGACAUUUUUGGUAUUUUAAGGGACCAGUAUGAACUUCCAAAAGGAUUUAAAGGGCCUCUAGCAGAGUACGACUUCAUCAUCAUAGGCGCAGGCUCCGCAGGCAGCGUGCUUGCGUCUCGGCUGAGCGAGGGGCGGCGUGCAUCAGUCCUGCUUAUAGAAGCCGGGAGAGGCGAGAGCCUGAUGACGGAUACGCCUAUACUCGCGCCUCUGUUCCAACAGACUGACUACGUGUGGCCGUAUCUGAUGGAGCACCAGCCUGGAGUUUGUAUGGGAUUCGUCGGAGGGAGGUGUUUCUGGCCACGAGGCAAAGCAGUAGGCGGUUCGAGCGUCGUCAACUACAUGAUCUACACCAGAGGACUCAAGACUGAUUGGGACAGGAUCGCGGCCGAUGGCAACUAUGGCUGGUCAUAUGACGACGUUUUGCCAUACUACAUUAAGUCAGAAAGGGCCAACCUAAAGGGGCUGCAAGAUUCGCCCUGGCACGGGAGAAAUGGCGAAUUAUCGGUAGAGGACAUACCAUUUAGGUCAAAAUUGUCUAAAGCAUUUUUGGAUGCUGCCAAACUGCUGGGCAAUCGACGAACCGAUUACAACAGUCCUGACGGAUUCGGGUUCAGCUACAUCCAAGCAACGUUGUCCCGCGGACACCGGCACAGCAGCGCCAAGGCCUUCUUGCACAACCACAAAAAAAGAAAAAACCUGCACAUCUUACCUAGCAGCCGAGCCACUAAAGUAUUAAUAGAUCCUACAACAAAAACUGCAAUCGGCGUUCAGUUCGUUCGCAAUGGACAAAUAUAUGAAAUACGCGCUAAAAAGGAAGUCAUCUUAUCAGCCGGACCGAUCGAGUCACCACAUCUACUAAUGCUUUCCGGCAUCGGACCCAGGCAGAACCUAGAAUCAGUAGGAAUACCUGUCAUACAAAAUCUUCCAGUAGGACAAACUUUAUACGAUCAUAUUUCCUUCCCAGCGCUAGCGUUUAAGCUGAAUUCAACUAGACUGACUUUAGUAGAAAGAAAGAUAGCUACACUUGAAAAUACGUUUCAAUAUAUGCAAUACGGAGAUGGUCCAUUUUCCUCCUUAGCUGGAGUGGAAACCCUUGGAUAUAUAAAAACCAAUGUCUCUGAUGGACCUGCUGACAUUCCAGAUAUUGAACUGAUCGGUUCCUGCGCCUCUUUAGCGUCUGAUGAAGGCAACGUGGUGGCCAAAGGUAUUCGCCUAGCAGAUUGGCUGUACAAUUCAGUUUACAAACAAAUUGAAGACGUCGAGAGCUUCACUGUGCUAUUUAUGCUUCUCCAUCCUAAAUCUAAAGGCAAUAUGCUAUUAGGGUCAAAGAAUCCCUUUGAGGAUGCGAAACUAUAUGGCAAUUACUUGACGCAUCAACAAGACGUAGAUACGAUGGUGGCAGCGAUAAGUUAUAUUCAGAAGAUGGUCGAUACGCCAUUUUUCCAAAAAUAUGGUGCAAAAUUGCACAGUAAGAAAUUUCCAAAUUGUAAACAGCAUAAAUUUAACAGUGACAGUUACUGGGAGUGUGCGGUGAGGACGGUGACUGCUACUCUUCACCAUCAGAUUUCUACAUGUCGGAUGGGGCCAUCUUCGGAUCCUGAGGCAGUGGUGGACCCAGAGCUGAAAGUGUACGGUGUGGACAGGUUGCGCGUAGUUGACAGCAGUGUCAUCCCGAGGACAAUAGCGGCCCACACAAACGCUCCCGCCAUUAUGAUCGGUGAAAAGGCGGCAGAUAUGAUCAAAAAUACGUGGAAAUUAAAAUAAUGGGCCGCUGACGACAUGUUUUAUUUGACUUCAUUGUUCAAAGACGUCGAAGACAAAAUUCAACCAAUAACACAGGCCAAUAUGCACAAUGCUUUUAUAUGCAAAAUACCUUCUGAAAUUAUAGUUUAAGCACUGAGUAAAUAUUAGUACGGUUAACUAACUUAUAAUCAGACAGAAUUUCUUGUGGCAAAAACGAGUUAUUAGAAAAAUUCAACAUAGAUAAAUCUGUUAUCGAUAAGUCAGUCAUAGAUUAAUAAUUAAGAGAUAUAAAUUCUACUUGCUGUUCAUUACCGAGAAAUUUCAAGAAUGAAAAUUUAUUACAAAUAUUUACAUAAUUUCUUUAGUACAUUUAUUUUGUACUUAAAAAUAAAACAUAAACCGUAGUAUACAGUGCUAAAAAAGUAGAAAACGACUAAUGUAUUAAAGAAGAUGUCGAACGUGUUGUGUAUUUUGUGGUAGCUAUCUUCACUUAAUAAAAUAUAAGUAUACAUAUAGGUAACGUUAAGGUAACAUCGAUAACAGACAUGUCGAUAUUUAAUUUUGACAAACACUUUAUUUUGCCACAAAAACUUAUAUGUCUGAUUAUAAUAGUUAUAAUACGCCUUAAUAAAACGAAGCAGCAAAGUAGCAAAUAAGUGUCGCAGCCACACAAAACAAGUAGCAGGGUACCAAGAAGCGAAUUUAUUACUAGACAACGUCUCGGUUGGAACCGAUUUACCAGAGGACCCUGCCUCUCCUUAACUACUUCCUAAUCAUUUUUAGUAGGUACUAGGUACCUAUAGCACCUUAAAAUUCCCUUAAAAUUCGGUAGUGUAAUACGCCUUUUAAUGAUUACCAAACAACGAGUAACUAAAAGAAAACAAUAUAUUUUUAAAAUGUAUAUGUGGGUAAAAAGGUGAUAACAGUAGAAUGAGUAGAAUAAAGCCCGUCACAGAGCGAAAAUAUAUAUUACAGUACAUGUGGUCCUACUUUACCGCACUAGUGCGUUUUAAGCACAUUACUUAACUAUGUCGAAAAUGCAAAUACCUAUAUGUACUCUAAAACGUUGUACUAUACAUCAGCGAAUAGGUAAUUCGCAACUCGUGCCGAUUUAAAAGAACUCCCUUCGGUCGUGUUUUAAUUUCUCGCUACUUGUUACGAAUUUCCUUUUUUUCGCACUUGUAUGGUAAUGUUCCAUUAAUAUACCGUAAGAUACCGA